ACCCUUAAUAUUAACUCAUCCUUAUACGUUGUACCCCAUUAUCUCCUUAGAUGCGCUAGGUAUUUCCCUCGUUGUGUAUCACUUUUCCUCUUUUUCUUACCUUUUUAUAUUUAAAAAAAAAAUUGUAUUAAAUCAUCCUUUCAAGAAAUCUAGUAAAUACAAAGGGAUUUCUCUUAGGAAUCUUAAAUGAUUUCCAUUACCCUAUUUAUAAGUGUGUAUUAUAAUCCCCUUUACCCAAUUGAUCAGCAAUAUUCUUCUCUUUCCCCCCUUCUCCAACCCCACCUACACCCACCACCGAAAUAUAGCAUAUCAAGAUUCAAUUUAAUCAUAUCAUAGAAAGAAAAAUAAUCACAAAAACAAACACAUUUAAAAAAAAAAAAAAAAAAAAAAAAAAAAAAAAAAAAACUAGCCUCAUUCCCUCGCAUAACAACAGCAGUCUUUUCCUUGAACCACCAACAACAAUGUCUUCCGGCGCCAUUGACGACCCUUCCACCACCACCACAACCUUCUCUCAAACACCACAACACUACUUCUGCUAUCAAUGCAAUCGCACCGUCUCUCUCUCUCCUUCUUCUUCUUCCUCCGAAGAGCUCGCUUGCCCCCAUUGCAAUGGCGGUUUCCUCGAAGAAGUCGAAAACCCUAAUCCUUCUUCCUAUUCUUCUUCCUCUUCUUUCGCUCAAUUCUUCUCUCCUCCUCCUUCUGCUUCCGCCGCCGAUCACCUCGCACCCUUUGCCCCUUUCUUCUUCCCCCCUUCUUCUUCUUCUUCCGCCGCUUCUCCUAUUGAGCCUAUCGACCUCUCCGCCAUAUUCGGGGGUGGAGCUUUUGGAGGUUCUGGUAAUGGCGGAAAUGGGGGUAAUCAGAGAUCCCCUUUUCAGGAAACCGAUGUUUUCAACCCUCUUCAAUUUCUUCAGAGUUAUCUUCAGACUAUGCGAGCUGGGGGUGCUAACAUUCAAUUUGUUAUUGAGAACGCUAACCCUGAACAAGGUGGUGGUGGUGGUGGUGGGAAUUUUAGGUUACCCUCGAAUUUGGGGGAUUAUUUCUUUGGACCAGGGUUGGAGCAGUUGAUUCAGCAGCUAGCGGAGAAUGAUCCGAAUCGAUACGGUACGCCACCGGCCUCAAAAUCCGCUGUCGAGGGGCUUCCAAUUGUUAAAGUAACGGAGGAAUUGCUGUUAUCUGAUUCUUCACAAUGUGCUGUUUGUAUGGAUGAGUUUCAACUUGGUGCUGAAGCUAAACAGAUGCCUUGUAAACAUGUUUUUCAUUCUGAUUGUAUUCUUCCUUGGUUGGAGUUGCAUAAUUCUUGCCCUGUUUGCCGCCAUGAGUUGCCUACCGAUGAUCCUGAUUAUGAGCAGAGGAUUCGGAACCGAAGGGAGAAUCCGGGAUCUGGUGACGGUGUUGGUGCUGGUGGCGGUGGUAAUGGUGAUGGGGGUGGUAAUGGUAAUAGAAUUGGUGGUGAUGGGGUGUCGUCUGAGGCGGGUUCGCAGAAUGAUCGGACUGUGGAGAGGAGUUUUAACAUUUCGUUGCCUUGGCCGUUUAGAAAUGUUGGGUCUUCAGCCGAGGGGAGUAAUGCUUCUGGUGAUGGUAAUGAGGCGAACCCGAGGAGGAGGGGGAAUCCAGACUUUGGAUCAGAAACCCGAACAGAAGACCUUGAUUAAUGCUGGUGUCUGUUAGUAUUGAAGAUUUGAAAUAAAGAUGGAGUAAUAGAACAUGAAAAUGAGGAUAGUUGGUUCUUCGUCGAAAUUUGGUCAAUAUAAAGGUUUGUUCCUUCUCUGAUUGAGUAUGAUGGUUGUUUCUACGAGCUUCCAUGUUGUUUGCUGUUGUCUUCUGAGUUUAGCACUGUAUAUCCAGCAUUUCUAAAGCUGUCAUUGCGGAUGAUUUUAAGUAUUUGCUGUUUUGCAUUCUGUUUUGGUCAUUCCUUGUAUGGCCUGGAGCUGAUAGAAUGAUGAGAUAUAAUGACAUUUAGCAAAUUUAAUUGCAGAUAUACUAUGUUUUCAUUAUGAAUGAAUGUAAUUACUAAGCUUUUUACAUUACAUAAUAUAAUUUACAACUUGAUAGAUGAUAGGCUUGCUUUAUUAAUUUCACUCAAUUACCAUAGAAGUUCCUCUGUCAUCACCUGCUGUUGGCCAAAAAGUCUUAUUACAACACAUCAUUCUGUUGUACUAGUGCUGUCUGUGUAUGUAUUUUAUUGAAUGGAUAUGAUGAAUACUUAACAAGAUCAUUAUAAUAAUCAGGAAGUAUGGAAAAGCUUGACUUGUCUAUCUUAGAUACUUCUAAUGAGUUUGACACUUUUAAAUAGUCUUAGUCAAUUAGCAAUGACAGACUUUAUUGAACAAGAAGCUUAGAGGUUAGGUAAUCAUAAUGCUCGAGUUGUCCAUUUAUUAGUUUGGGAAGGAAUUGGUAUGCAUGGAAUAUGGAGGUGUGUAAGAUCACUAAGAUGUGGCUGAAAAGGCAGUGCCAUCACAUUGGAUUUUCCUGAGUUUGGAGAAGUUUAAUUAACCUGCUGUUUGUUAUUGGUGCCACUCGACUUCUUUCAUUGUAUCUCUCUCAUAAUGUAAUUAAUUAGUGCACAUGAUUCAAAAAGGAUUCUUGAGGUUUUCAUUUUCGACUUGCCUUUGCUCAUUAACUUGUAAAACCAUAAAGCCACUCAGCAAUAUAAUUUGGAUACUGAGCAAUUUAAUUUAGAUACUGAGCAAUUAAAUGUAGAUACUGAGCAAUUUAAUUUAGAUGCUGAGCUUGUUGUGUCAGAAAGAGAAUCUUACAGUUAGAGGACCAGAAUUCAUAAAAUUUAGCUUCUUAAUCAUAUGAAAUUUGGAUUUUAAAAUUUGUCUUCUUGUUGUAAUGUACUUGUGCUACGAUUGUAGACUAUUCAAGUUGCUCAGUUUUAUUGGGUUGUCUAGUUAUCUUAGUUUAUAUGUUUUUUGCAAGGUAAUAGUCAUCAAGUGAAGAAGAUAUUUGGAUUAGGGACCAAGUUUUGUAUGCAUGUAGUAAAACUUGAUCACAGAUCAGAGCAAAGAAAAGUUUUAGUUUGUUUAAAAAAUAAAUCUAGUUUAUGGACCAGUUGAGGAUUUACAUAUGGACCUGGGGGCUAUAUUGCAUCUUAUGGAUCAAUCCCUCAAUGAACUAAAUUUUCUCUUUCUGGUUGUUUCUUUAGCAUCUUCGAUUUGAAUGCUGAGAUUUUUGAUGUGCUGUGACCAUUCUUGAAUUACAUAAAGCAGACCAUAGACAUCAAAGUCUACUUGCUGGGUCUUCUAGUGACAAUGUUGCAAUUGAGUUAUUUAGUUAUUGUUUUCAAUUCAUCUACUUGAGCGGUAAGGGACUUUUCAAGUGCUAUACUGCUAUGUCACAAUGUAAAACUUAGUAUGUUUAUUUUUCCACAAAUAUUGCACCAUGUUGACUUUCGAGUAUUCACACGCUCUUGCACAACAUAGACUGACAUAGGAUAGGAAUUCAGUGUUGUAAGCGUGACCAGAAGUGGUCAUCCAUAUUCUGGAAGCACUAUAUCUUGUUGGGGCGGGGCAAUCUAAUGUGGCAGAAAGGCAGAAGACAUAGAAUGGAGAUAAUGAGGGAGAAUUGUAGAGCAGGGAAUUAUGAAAUCAUUGAAAAAUGAAUCGAAUCAAUCAUCUUAAAAAGGGAGAUAAUAGGAAGAUUGAAGAGCAGUGAUGUGUUAAAACAUAAGAAAUGGAAUCAAAACAAACAUGGGAAGGAAAGUGGUAAAGUCCGUUUCUGUUUUUAACAGCCUUUACUGCACUAUUUUGUUUCUUUUUGGGGACUUGAACCAAGCAAGGUCUCAGUUUAAAUUAUGAAAUAGAAAAUAAUCCCUAUACAGAAGUCCAUUUUUCUUUUUUGGUGAUUUGAUAAUUCAUAAGGUUAUGUCUUAAAUCAGAAGGGUUCAUUUUGAAUUACAUGAAUAAUGGUUAUAUGACUCAAUGUUCAAAGAAUCUCAUUACGCAGUGCAGGGUUGCAUAGUAGGACAGUUUGUGGCUUGGAGCUCUAGAAAAUACCGUGUGCUGAGUGCAUACUCUUUGGUCUAUCUCCUUGUAUAAGUCUGCUGCUGUUAACUCUCAUGUAGCCUCUAAAACCACUUACAAUUUUGAUAGGUUCUCUAUGUGAUGAUGUGGGUACUGGGUACUUGGGGGUAAACAUUUACAUAUGCUGAUUGUGGCACAAAAAAUUAGGCCUAGUGUCAAAUUUUCACUUUAUCCGCUUUAUAACUUGUCUGCUACUCCCUCCGUUCCGAUAUUAAGUGCUCAUUUCUCAUUUUUCAUGGAUUUUAAUGCACAAGGAUAAAGCAAUUGGAUUCCUUUCAAAGCAAUGAUUGGUGAUUUCUUAAUAGGAAAAAGGAAGAGGAGUGAAAUGAGUGGGUGGGAAUUAAAAGCAAAAGUGAAUUGUCAAGUACAAUAAAAUGAGUGAGUGGGUGGGAGAAUUUAUGACAAGUGGAUGGAAUCCUUGGAGAAAUAGGGGAUUUAAUAUUAGAGAUUAGGGUAAAAUGGUCCUAAAUAAUAGGCCAAUAUUGGAAGUAAGCACUUAAAGUUGGGACACCCGAAAAUGAAUAUACUUCCUCCGUUUCUAAAUAGAUGACCCAUAGCUCUUGGCACUGUUUUUAAGGAAGAGGAGAGAGAAUGUAUAAUUAAUCAUAGUUUGUUUGUAAAGCAUAUUAAUUAAAUAGUUAAAUAAAUUAAUCAAACAUUAUCAGUUGCCAAACCCACCACCGACACCACCUUAACACUCUCCCAUCACCUUAAACUUCACAGACCACCAUGCCCGCCGAUGCUGCUGCCCUUAUCUCAACUAUCCCUCGACCCUCGUCGCUGUCACCCACUUCUAGACCACCGCCGUUGUUGCCACCCCAUCAAAACUACCACCGCAGCCGCCCUCUUCUAAACCACCACCGCUGCCGCCCGACCUUCUUCUAAAUUAAACUACCACCCCGUUGCCAUAGUCCAAACCACCACCACCACCACUGUACCACCCAUAUUUAUCCCUUAAAAAAAAAUGGGCUUGAAUUUUUGAGAUCUGAAGAAAGAAAAUCAAGAAAUCAAACCAACACCACUCAUAUGCAAUCUUUCAAAUCUAAAUUUUUGGAGGUGGGACUUGAAAGUGUUGGUGGUCGUGGGUGGGUUAUGGAUCUAGUGGUUGAGGAAGGAAAGUGGUUAAGGUUAGAGAAAAUAAAGGAGAGAGAAAGAAGGUGGUUGUGAUGGUGAACAUGGUGGUCUGGUGGCUACGAUGGUCGUCCGACGAGGAAGCAAAGGGUAAUUUGGUGGUGGUUCGUUAGAUCGGGGCUAUGCUUUCGGUGGUAGUUCUUUUGAAAAAGUUAGUUUGGUGGUGGUUCGGUAAAUCGGAGUGGUGGGUUUGGUGGUGGUUUUUUAAGGGUGGUGGUUCGGUUGGUCGGAGUGGUAGGAUGGCUGGUGUUGGGUUAUGGAGAUGGUGGUUGGGGUUGGGCUGAUUAUAUAGAGGUUAGAUAAUUAGGUGGGAAUGAGGUUGGUUAAUUGUGGGUGAUUAUAAAAUAAAACUUUCCAUUUAUAGUAUAGGUCAAGUAUUGUGACAUUUCCUUUUAAGGAAUGUUAGUCAUAUAAAUAGAAACGGAGGAAGUAAGCACUUAUUAAUGGAUGGAGGGAGUCUUUAUUGUCUGAAAUUGUAGUACUUGUUUAAUUGAAAAAUCUUUAGCUGAAGAGAUUGAUUGAAGAUGAUCUGCUCAUCACUUGCUUUAUUGAUAUUUGAUUUACCCAUUUGCUCUUUGUAUUGAAAAUUGUUCCCAACUGGUAUAGCAUUAUUGUUAUCGAAACAAGUGAUAUGUGAUGUGAACUUAAUUUUGCUGUUUUGUAUCAACUUCAUCUUGAAAGCUGCUCCAGCAGUGCAGUUAUGCUACUUGACGUUAUCUUCUUGGAUUCAAGUAUAUGUAUCUGGCAUCUCCUAGUGUUUAAUAACUUUAAUUAGGUUAUUUUGUGAAAAAAUUUCCCACGAUUAGCCCCUUUUAUAUCCAUGUUUUUUUUUUUUUUACCUAAGAUGAAUUGAAGAGUAUGAGAAACAUAAUGUUGUUGUGUCAUGAAAAUCUGCGGUGUAGUGGAAAAAAUGUGUAGAAAUGUUGAUUUGCUACGUUUCUGUGUCUUCUGGUUUGGCUGGCUUCUUUCUACGGUCUUCACUGGCUUGGUUUUAUGUUUCUAGUUAAUGAUCGAUAAUCCACUUUAUUGUUACUAGUCUUUGACAGCUUUGUAUUAUGUAAGGUCAUAAUCUAUAGUAUCCUAGUCAUGCCAUUGAAAGAUAUUGCAUGAAUAUCCUAUAUGAAUGUGGUGAUUUUGUUUCCCUUUGCAUUGUAUGUGCUUCUUUCACGAUUUUCUUUACCACUCAACUAUUCACAUUUAUUAGGGAGCAUUGUUUUUGUUAUCAGAAAUGAAUACAUUGCUAUUGCCUGGAUUAAUGAGCUUGAAUUGUGCUAUUAAUGAGAAGUCUUGGUCUCUUGGAUAGUGUUUGUGUUUAUUAUUUCCCAAUUUUCUGCUUACAGAUUUUAUAUAUUACAUUGGUUAAUGGUUCUUGGUUCUUGGUUGUCCAUUAUAUGCAGCAUGGUCUCAGUCUGCUCUGCUUUGGUACUAGUAGAGUGCUGGAGGUUUAAAACUAGAAGUCAUUGAUAUAGUGGUACUGAUAACCUUACGUAAUUUUACAAACAUAAUUCUGACUACUGUUUUGGGUUGAUGAAAUUGGGAUGGAUUUGGGAAUGGGGUUGAAGAUUAGAGGUGGCAUUGCUUGUUAGCAGGUAUGCCAUUGGCAACGCCUCCCCUCCUUGCAGUAUAUGCCAAAGCCAAGCUGUUUCCAUCACUCACUAAACUAGAGGAAUUAUCAAGUGUUUUCCUUGUCACCAAUUACUGCUUGAUAUCCAAAGUUUCUUUUCAUAGUCUCCUAACAUCUAAGAAGCUUGUUUUUCAAAACUUCACUCUUUGGCUACCGUAGUUGGAAUAGUAAAAGUAACACAACGUUUGUUGACACGUGCAUAGAUUUUAUCUUUUGGGCUUUUCCGAUACCUUAAUACCUUCUUUGUCCUUAGGUCUCUUAAUGAAGAAUGAAUCGGACCUUUGCUGUUCUGUUAUGUCUAGUUCUUUCGUAGUUACCAAUUUUAUAUUCACUUGCGUAUCAUAUGGCAAUUACUAAUGGAUCUUGUUUGUAUG